AUAUGGCAAAUUGGAGCUCUGAAUUUCUUACCAAUGAUGUAAAAUCUGCAAUAGGAUCGAUAGGCGGAUUAACAAAUAUGAAUAUUGAAAUAGGAAUACCAUACUUUGUAAAAAAGAUCUUUUCUAAAAAUCUAACUCAAUCAACAUCAUCAAAUUUAUUAAAAGUUGAUUCAGAUAGGUCCAGGUUUAUCAAAAAGGAGGAUGAAGAAAAAGAUAGUGAUGAGAAUGAUGCUGAAGACUUUGGAGUAUAUAAGAAAAGGUGUGGUUUUCUGGUGCAAAAUGAUGAAUUCAUGUUGCUUACAAAAAAUUGA